GGCCACGGACCACUCUCCCAUACAAAAUCCAGCCCCCGCACAUUGUAUCAUUGUAUAGAAAAUAUCACUAUACACCAGUAUCACUAUACCGAGGUUUUGCUGUAUCUUGUAGGGAUGGAUUGAGUCAGGCGAGUCUUGACCAGCACGCAACCUCUGCUGGUGCACGCGUCAUGAACUGGAAUCCAUGAAUGACAUACACUGCACAUGGCGGAUUCCCGCCCCCGGGUGAUGCGAGAGCCUGCGAAACGCAGGAAAUGCUUGGCGAGGGUUUUUUCGCAGGGGCAAUUGUCCACGACAUUUCCUCCGAACCAUGGCCUGCAAAUUGCAACAGUCCCCAGACGCGUCGUGACACCCGCCCACGCGCCCUCGCAGCUGGUUGAUGAAGACUGCCGCGCCGGAUGCAGUCGAAACCUGUGCGCGCGGUGCAAACUCCCUCCACGCCCUUUCUCGCCCCUUUCAGGUGUGCGUUCUGCCCGCUCCACGCUCCCGGGCUUGUUCGUGAUGCCGUUGAGCAACCUCCCACCAUCAUCCCGCGCCCAUGACUUUGGCCGGGCUACCCUUCUCCCACGGCACCCGUCUUGUAACACCGCUGCUGCACCCAUUCCUGCUCGGUCUCACCUCCUGCCGUCAUCCGAAACCGGCACGCCAAUAAUGCCCCUCUGCAGAGCGGAUGAGCUAUGUACAUACUGGAUCUCGCAGAUCGGUCGGGAGCAUCUGUGGGGAGCAAGAUCUCCACGCCUGGCGCCCACCCGCCUGCUCUGCUUUCCUUUUUCCUCUUCGCCCACCAUUUGCGACGAAUCCUUCCCGCGGCCGUCCAAUCACGCCCACUGUCAGCCUCCUUUGGCGUCAGGAACCUCCCGGUCCCACCCUAAACGCGGGAGAGGCGCCGUCACAGGAACGUGAGAAAAAGCAGACCCAGCCCAGAGGGCGUGGACCAACCAAAGAAGUAACAAUCGCCCGCAAGGUCCCAGUGAAGCUCCCGAGUGAACGGGAUGCAUCUCUGAAAUGAACAUCUG